UUCCGUUACUUCGCCACCAUCUCCAGUGACGGUAAAGUGUACAUGACCACAGACGACUUCCUGCGCUCCGUGUGUGCGGGUGGGCCCACUCAGCCCGAUGGUUUACGCUUGGACCAAUACCGUAAACUCUCCAUAGAGCAUCUGCAGAGAGAGUACUCCCCCACGAAGUCUCAACAGGCAUCAGUCCUGUUCGGCAGUCACGCGCUUAUCGAGUACUCCGAGUAUGUAUUACUCCGUGCUCUACUCGCGACUCCGCAGAAGGCAUUCCACAUCGCAUUCCAAGUGAUUGAUCGCGAUGACAGUGGGACAAUGGAGAUGGACGAAUUUUUUGACGUAGUACAAUCAGUGAGUGGCACCACUGGCCUCAAGCCAAUCGAUACGGAACGCUCUCUGGUAUGUUAUAGGCCUGGUGUAGAAUGA